UUGAAAUGUUUUUGUGCUGGAAAUAUAGAAAAUGGAUACUGUUGUUACUCCUCCUAUCGUCUGUUGCUGUGCUCAUGAAUUUAGAACGCCAUGUGAGUGCGUCGAUUACGUCGAUGGUAUACGGUAAUACUCAUAUAAAUACUCAUAGUACAGACAGUGAUGAUUCAAUACAACAUAAAAAGUACAACGUAGAACUGAAUAUGGUUUCGAUGAAUAAAUCACCAACAUUAAUUGGACAUACUAAGAAAACAAAAAAGGUUGAAAAUACAGCGUUGAAUGGGUCAUACUCAACCAGAGUGAGGGGGCAGUCGAUUACCAAUGUAGCUAAUAUCACAGCGCCGUUCCUGCUUGGGAUACAACGAAGUGAUUCCGGCGGCCAGAACAACCAGUACUUGGCGAUGGAGAAAGUGAUAGUUAUGGCUCUAUUGUCAAAUCGUACUCUGGUGAUGACACCAUUUUUUCUUCAUGGAGGACAUGUUCGUGGAUACAGCACUGAACAUAUGAGACAAUUCAAUGACACAUUUGAUGUGAAAAUCUUGAACGAGCUGUUACCAUUAGCAACAGUUGAUGAAUUCAGGGAGAAAUGUACUUCAAAGGAGACUAAAGUAGUAACGUGGAAUUUGUCGGCAUAUCAACGAUCAAAAGAGAAGUUAUUUGAUUCAGAAUUAGAGAUUAGACUUCCGGACAAUGAUGACGUCAUCAUGAUGAAAAAAGUCGAUAUUCAUAGACUAGAAGAGAUUGUGAACCAUGCACCGUGUCUUGGAAUAUAUCAAUCAUCAAGAUCACGACUUCAAGUAAAUAACACGGAAGAAAUGUUGGAUAAAGUAAGAACACACUUGAGAAGGUCCGCUAAUGUGAGAAAUGUCACUGACCGUCUUUUAACUGGUUUCUGUGGUGGCAAGCCUUACCUGGCGAUGCAUUGGCGUAACAAAUCAGCAGAAAUGCCAUGUUAUUUUCAACGUGACGCAAACAAGUGCAAUAAAGUUAAAUCACAGUUGUCUGAAGUUGUACCAAACAUCACCCAGGCAGUGGCAAAAUUAAUGAAACAAAGAAAUAUAUCCUGCUUAUAUAUCAGCUGCCCUGAAUGGUCUUUGUCAAUAUUGGACCAUUUUUCUAAAGUAUUACCAAGUGAGAAGGUGUUCUCAUUGAGGGACCUCCCUGUGAAUAAAGACAACACGGGUAUUAUGAAAGAUUACUAUUUCAAGUCACUGGUGGAGCAAGAAAUAUGUUACAGGUCCGAGAUCUUUUUAGCUGCCAGGAUGUCAAGUUGGUCGGAAUUUGUUGUAAAUGAGAGAAAUAUAAACCACAAACGUACAUAUCUGAUACGACAACUGCCUGGAGUACCCGAGUACAAAAGACCACAACUUAUAUGA